ACAUUCGUAAUAAAGAUGUUCCUAAGGAAAAAGCAUAUAUUGAAAGACUAGAAACUUAUUGUAAAAGGUAUGAAGAUAAUGAUCUAUAUACCAGUCUAGAAGAAUUAUAUGAGCUUUAUUAUCAUAUAGCUAAGGAGGAAAAUCGUGAAAGAUCAAAUGAUGAAAUAGAACAGAUACUCAUAGCAAUGGCAAUCUAUAGUUUUAAAAUGGCAACUAAAAUAACUGGUCUAGAGGAUAUUAUAAAUAAUACAAGUAAAAAUAUAAAAAAGGUUUUUCAAAAUAGUGUUAAACCUGAAGACAAGCAAGAGGCAUAUAUAAUUGGGCUUAAAUUGAUAUUAGAUAGAUUAGCACGAGAGUUAGAAUUUAUGCAAAAUAAUUAUCAAGGCAUGUCUUCUAAUCAGAUUAAUUGA